AUGGAGAACCUGGGAACAAGGCUAAUUAUGUCUAGUCAUUUAGACUAUGCCAUGUCAGGCAGAGGUGAAUGUAUUGCUCCAGUACGUGAGACACUUAGCUACACCUUUCCUUACAUCGAAGCAGUAUGAUUCUAGAAGUCCCUAAACAGUACAUAUCAAUAUCACUAGGAAUGAGUAAUAUGAGAUGUGUUUUCAAGGGAGCCUUAACCACUCCCC